UGUCAGCUGUCGCCUGUCAUACGAUGGCCUAACGUGUGUUUCUGUUAUUUGUGUUUGGAAAUAAUAUUGUAAUUUACGAUGAAAUCUAAAUUAUUUACAGUGAUUACCUCCGUGAUAAUAUCAGUACGCAUAGGUUUUGUUAAUACCAGUUAUGUUGUUCUUAGAUAGAUCGAAGCGAACCGAAAAUAUGACGUGCGAAUCGAAGAAAUACUUCCAAAUUAAAAUGAUUGUAGAUAAAUGUAAAACUGUUUUAAUUUUGUCUAGUAUUAUUUGUACUUUUGGUGUUUUGAUAUCGUUGCACAAGCUACUUAGCCACGAUGUAAGAUUAGUUAAGCCGUUUUCGCCCAUACCAGCUGGUUUGUAUGGCACCUAUCUCGAAACCUUUAUUGAAGAGUCUCCGCCACAAGCGAAGAAACCUGACAAGGCUCGAGAUGCGGAAGCUGUCGUAUCAUUGAACGCUGCGUUAGAAAUGAAAAAAAUCGGUAAAGCUGAUAAAGCAUUGAAAUUGUUUCAACACGCAUUCGCCUUGUCUCCAAAACAUCCAGACAUAUUGAAUCAUUACGGAGAGUUUUUAGAAGAAACCAAAAAAGAUGUAGUGAAAGCAGAUCAAUUAUACACUUUAGCUUUAAAUAAUUACCCAGAUCAUACUGGAGCUUUAAUGAAUAGACAACGCACAGCUAGCAUAGUAGAGAAUUUAGAUAGAGAAAUGUUACGGAAAAUUGAUGAAAAGCGAGACACGCUGCUCUCUAUACCUGAGAAUAAUGCUGCAUUAUGUAGAGCAAAAAAGGAGGCAUAUUUUCAACAUAUUUAUCACACUGUUGCUAUUGAAGGUAAUACAAUGACAUUGCAGCAAACUCGUAGUAUACUUGAAACAAGAAUAGCAGUCGCUGGAAAGAGUAUAGCUGAACACAAUGAAAUCUUAGGCUUAGAUGCAGCUAUGAAGUAUAUAAAUCAGACAUUAUUGUAUAGACUUAGAGAGAUAUCAAUGGGAGAUAUACUGGAAAUUCAUAAGAGAGUUCUAGGGCAUGUAGAUCCAGUUGAAGGUGGGCAGUUCAGAAGAACCCAAGUGUAUGUUGGUGGACACAUCCCACCAGGACCCUCGGAGAUACAGAAACUUAUGACACAGUUUCUUGAUUGGCUGAAUUCUGAAGAUGCCUUAGAACUGCACCCAGUUAGAUAUGCUGCUCUAGCACACUACAAACUAGUGUAUAUUCACCCGUUCAUAGACGGCAAUGGACGAACUUCCCGCCUUCUCAUGAACCUACUACUGAUGCAGGCCGGCUACCCACCUGUUAUCAUAGCCAAGCAACACAGGCACCUCUACUAUCAACAUCUACAAACUGCUAAUGAGGGCGAUGUAAGACCAUUUGUAAGGUUCAUAGCCCAGUGCACAGAGCGUACAUUGAACCUUUAUCUGUGGGCCACGAGUGAGUACACUCCCAAUGUUCCGGCCAUCGGGCACCCACACAUACUUACUGGAGAAGGAUUUGAGGAAGAGUUUUUCUGACAUUUUCUUUACUAGGUUAUCUACAAAGUGUUCCAUGUGAAAUAUAACUUUAUACUUAAAACUUCAUCACAAAGUAGUAACAACACGUCUUCCAAGAACGUUGUUUUCCUAUAACAAGAAUUACUGUACAAAAUCUAUUACAACUUUAGUUGGCGUAAAUAUAACACUUUCAUGUA